AUGGCGUCGGGUCUGGAGCACGGACUGAAGAGAAGUGUCUGGAGAAGAAUAAAAGAAACAAUUAUAGAAGACUGCAGAAAGUCAGAAGUAUGGAAGAUCUUAAUCCUGGACCCAUUCACCACCAAGCUUCUGUCGUCAUGCUGCAAAAUGUCCGAUCUGAUGGCAGAGAAAAUCACAAUUGUGGAGGAUUUGUACAAAAUCCGAGAGCCGGUUUUAGAAAUGAAGGCCAUUUACUUCAUGACUCCAACAGCGAAGUGUGUAGAUGCUUUCAUUCAAGAUUUCAAGCCCAAACCCAAAUACAAAUCGGCCUAUGUUUAUUUUACUGAUUACUGUCCCGAUGAGCUCUUCAACAACAUGAAGCUCUCAUGUGGAAAGUACAUCCGCGUGUGUAAAGAAAUCCACAUCUCCUUCCUGCCUCAGGAAGCGCAAGUGUUCACAUGUGACAACCCCAGGGCCUUCCAGAGCAUCUACAGCCCACACAGCCAGGACCGAAAGAGGACACUGGAAACACUGGCCAAUCAGCUUGUUACCCUGUGUGACACGCUGGAUGAGUACCCCGGGGUCCGAUACAAGAAGGACAGCAGCAUGGUGAAUGCACAGACUCUUGCUGAACUCGUGGACCAGAAACUGGCUGACCACUACGGUCUGGACGACAACGGCAAGAAAAAGGGGAAAACUCAGGCCCAGCUGCUGAUUGUGGAGCGAGGCUUUGAUCCAGUCAGCCCCAUCCUCCAUGAGCUCACCUACCAAGCCAUGGCUUAUGACCUUGUGGACAUCAAGGAAGAUGCAUACAAGUACAAGGCUAAAGACGGAGCAGAGAAACAGGCUCUUCUCAACGAGGACGACAUGCUGUGGGCCAGUCUGCGGCACAAGCACAUCGCAGAGGUCACAGAACUAAUCCCAAAGAUGGUGAAAGAAAUAUCUGCCAGCAAGAAACAACCGGAUUCAAAGAUUACAAUCGGUAACUUGUCUCAGAUGAUGAAGAAGAUGCCGGCCUUUCGUAAACAAAUCACACAGAAAACGGUCCAUCUGCAGCUGGCUGAGGACUGCAUGAAACACUUCUCAAACAACGUGGAAAAACUGUGCAAAGCUGAACAGGACCUGGCCGUGGGUUCAGAUGUGGAGGGGGCCAAGGUGAAGGACCCAAUGCGAACUCUACUUCCUGUGCUGCUCCACCCCUACAGCAUUCCUGAUAAGAUCCGGGCCGUGCUGCUCUACAUCUUCAGUGUCAACGGCACGACAGAAGAAAACUUGAGUAAACUUAUCCAGCAUGUGAAAAUCGAAGACCAAAGGGAAUAUAUUCUAAACUGGAAAGAGCUGGGUGUCUCCAUCAUCACUACGGCAAGUUUGUUCUCCCGUAAACCUACCAGAAGAGACCGGUCUACAACCUACAGCCUGUCGAGGUGGACCCCGUUCAUUAAAGACGUGAUGGAGGAUGCGGUGGAGAAUAAGCUGGACACCAGAGAGUGGCCACAUCAGUCGGAGUGUCCUGCAGCAUGGAACGGCUCUGGGGCCGUCAGUGCCCGGCAGAAGCACAAGGGCAGUUCCCAGGAUGAGCGCAGAGGUGCCCGUCUCAUCAUCUUCAUCAUCGGAGGACUCUCACACUCAGAGAUGCGCUGUGCCUACGAGGUUACGCAGGCGGUCAAGUCCUGCCAAGUCAUCAUCGGUUCAUCUCAUAUCCUGACUCCGAGCAGUCUCCUUGAGGACAUCAAGGCUCUGAGCAAAGGUCCCAUGGAAACAUUUACAGUGGACGACAGAAGCAAUGCUUGA